GGCAAGCACGCGCAUGUCACCUAGCUACACUCAUCAUCAGCGCGCGCUCGCGUCUCCUCCCUCUCUCUUCCGAAAACUCUUGAGGCAGCCCGGUUUCCUGCUCUGCGAAGAUGAUCAUACUUUUCUUAACAAUAUUUGCGAAUGUUUUCAAGACGGGAUGGACUGGCGCAAACGAGCGCACGUUCAUCGCAGUGAAGCCAGAUGGUGUUCAGCGCAGACUGGUAGGUGAGAUCGUCCGCCGCUUUGAACGCAAGGGUUUCAAACUGGUCGGCAUGAAGCUCCUGCAGGCAUCAGAGGAGCAGCUCAGACAGCACUACUGGGACCUGAGGGAGAAGCCUUUCUACAGCAGCUUGGUCAAGUACAUGAGCUCCGGUCCCAUUGUUGCUAUGGUAUGGCAAGGGCUGGAUGUGGUAAAGACCGCCAGAAAGAUGCUUGGAGAGACAAAUCCAGCAGACUCUCUCCCAGGCACUAUCAGAGGAGACUUUUGUGUGGAAGUGAGCAGGAAUGUGAUCCAUGGCAGUGAUUCAGUUGACAGUGCUCAGAGAGAGAUCUCACUGUGGUUCGAACAUCAUGAGCUGUUCUGCUGGGAAGAGUGCAGUCAGCACUGGAUCUACGCCUGAAAGCCGUCAUGUAACACUCAUGCACUCAUCAUAACAUACAGCUUUUGCAGCUUCAUCUGCAUUUGAUACCUGCUCCUCAUAGAGUGAAGGCUGCUCUGAUCAAGCCAUAGAGUGACCAAAAUAACAAAGGAACAGGUAGCUUAUGUUGACAAGGUCUGUAUCAGUGAAAUCCAGUUAUUGGUCAAGCUAUUUUUGAAUGUGACCAUUUUCUGCUUUUCUCAUGCUGUUAUGAACAUUUGUAAGGUUUUCUUUGCAAAUAUGUUUAAUCUUUGCAGAUAUUCACUUCAUUACCAAUCUUUGGUGGGUUGGUAAUUCAUGCACUACUCUAAAUUUACUUAGUGUUUACAUCCACUCAAAAGACAUUGUUUACAUUUUUACAUCCAAUUUUUGAUAAGGGCCUGCUUUUUGUCAUCUUGAUGCACUACGUAAAAAAUACAUUUAUUAUUCAUGACUCAAAAGGAAAGCAAUAAUGAAUGACCAAUGGCCAGCAUGCUCUGAAAAACUUGAAUAUCUCAAUAAUGCUUGGUCUUGCUGUAUUGGUUGGAACUCACUUGACCAAAGGGCGCCUUACUUUACAAAUAAAUUAUUCCUUUGUUCA